AUGGGCCAAAAAAGAGGACGCGACUCCAAGCCACAGGCUGGUGAGGCCAAGAAGCGCAAGAAGGGUGGUAAGGUCGAGGUGGUAUCUGAAGAUGAAACCUAUGGCGCAGUUGGCGUUGAUGAUCUCAACUGGAAAGAAGUUGCUAUGCCCGACCGAAUGGAAGAUGCGGAAGGAUUCUUCGGACUAGAGGAGAUUGAUGGUGUGGAUAUUAUUCGUGCAUCAGACAAUGGCGUGGUCCAAUUCAAGGCAAAGACAGGCAAAUCCCCCAAGUCUAUUUUAAGAACACCGACUGCCGAAGAGACCGCUUUUGAAGAAUGGUCAGGCUUCAGCGAUGGAGAGUCAACCGAAAAAACAACCGCCACAUCAGAGGAUGCUCCGAAGCCGAAGGAUGAUAAUAAGAAGUCAAAGCCGAAGAAGGAGGCCAAUGGAGGAAAGGAUGUCAAGGAUACUAAGGCAACAAAAGACACCAAAGACACCAAGGAGCCCAAGGAAGCCAAGGACACCAAAGAGGCCAAGGAGCCCAAGAAGAAAGACACCAAACAGAAGGACGGCAAGACAAAACAAGCAAAGCCUAUCCAAGAUGCCAAGUUCAAGGGCGGCCUUUCUUGGGAAGCACUCGAUGAAGCUGAAAGUGAUGAUGAGGUGGAUGUUUCAGCUUGGACCGAGCUUGGUCUGUCGCCUGAGAUCCUUGCCAGUCUCUCUAAGUUGAAGUUCAGUACUCCAAGCGCCAUUCAAAAGGCCUGCAUUCCAGGUAUUCUAGACGGACACGAUAUGGUUGGUAAGGCAUCAACCGGUUCCGGAAAAACUCUCGCCUUCGGUAUUCCAAUUAUUGAACAUUAUUUGGAAAAGCGAGGGAAGAAGAUCGAAACCGAUAAGAAGCCACCCUCAGCUCCUUUGGCCCUCAUUCUUUCACCUACUCGAGAGUUGGCUGUUCAAUUAGGCAAGCACAUCGGUGCUUUAAUUGAGAAUGCCCCAGACACCAACGCACGAGUUGCCCUUUUGACAGGUGGUCUGUCCAUUCAAAAGCAGCAAAGACAGCUUGCCACUGCCGAUAUUGUUGUCGGUACACCAGGCCGCGUGUGGGAGAUUCUGAGCACAGGAUCUGGCUUGAUUAGCAAGAUGCAAAAGAUCAGAUUCCUUGUUGUGGAUGAGGCAGAUCGUCUGCUCAGCCAAGGAAACUUCAAGGAAGUGGAAGAGAUUGUUGGCGCUUUGGACCGUCAGGAACACAACGAUUUGCCGGAAGGCGAGGAAGAAGAGGAAGAGGCGGAUGAGCAACUCAAGGCUCGCCAAACUCUUGUUUUCUCGGCCACCUUCCACCGCGAUCUCCAACAAAAGCUUGCCGGAAAGAGUCGUUGGUCAGGAGGAGAUCUGAUGGACAACAAAGAGUCCAUGGAAUACUUGCUCAAGAAGCUCAACUUUCGGGAGGAGAAGCCAAGGUUCAUCGAUGUCAACCCUGUUUCGCAGAUGGCUGACGGACUUAAAGAGGGCAUUGUUGAAUGUCCUGCAAUGGAGAAGGAUCUUUAUCUUUACGCACUCUUACUCUACCACCCCAAACACCGCACUCUCGUAUUUACCAACUCUAUCUCUGCGGUUCGUCGUGUAACUCAACUGCUCCAAGCAUUGGGACUCCCCGCUCUUGGUCUCCAUUCCAGCAUGGCACAAAAAGCUCGACUUCGCUCAGUAGAGCGCUUCUCCUCACCUACCGCUGAUCCUAGCUCUAUCCUCGUCGCUACUGAUGUUGCCGCCCGUGGUCUUGAUAUCAAGGGCAUUGAUUGCGUCGUUCAUUACCACGCCCCCCGUGCAGCUGAUUCCUACGUUCACCGAUCGGGUCGUACUGCCCGUGCCGGUGCAAUCGGAAAGAGUGUUAUCAUCUGUUCUCCGGACGAGGUCGUCAGCGUGGCUCGCCUUGCUGCCAAGGUCCACUCUCGAGACCCCAACGCUAGUACCAAGAAACUGCCUUUGGAGUCUCUCGAAAUCGACCGUCGCGUCGUUGCUCGGGUAAAGCCUCGUCUCGCAUUGGCCAAAAAGAUCACCGACGCCAAUCUCGCCAAGGAGAAGGUUUCUUCAGAGGGCAACUGGUUGCGUUCUGCGGCUGAGGAUCUUGGUGUUGAAUAUGACAGUGAUGACUUUGAUGACUCCAAGGGCAGGGGUCGCGGUCGCGGUGGUGGACGAGAGCGCCGGGAGAAGGAGGAUAGCGGAAUCACCAAGGGUGAAUUGAAUGCACUCCGAGCGGAGUUAAAGCAUCUACUUUCACAGCGCAUCAACAUUGGUGUUAGUGAGCGUUAUCUCACAGCAGGUCGCGUUGAUAUUGAGGCUCUGCUCCGCGGCGAGGGCAACAAGUCCUUCCUCGGCCACCUUGAUCCUUUGGGCUUCUAA